AUGAAAAAUCGCGAAUUAGAGAUAAAUGAUGAAGAACCGUUAAAGAUUGAGAAGGAUAAAGGAGGGAUUGAUGAAAUUAACGUCGUGAAAAGGUCGAAAAAGAAGGGAAAACAUAAGAAAAAUCGUGAAUUUGAGCCGAGCACUGAAGGCUUGUUGAAGAUUGGCCAAGAAGCAGAUAGGCUUGACAAAGUUAAGGUACAGAAAAGUUCGGACAAGAACAAAAAAGAUAAGAGAACUGGCCAAUCGGAGUUAAGGAAUAAGGAGAGAGAACAAAUUGAGCAAAGCCCUGAUGGGGUUGGGGAGGAAAGGAAAAAAAAGAAACAUGAAAAGAUUGUGAGAGGUGAAGAUACAGAGGAAAGAGAUGAGGGUAGGAAUAAGGCUAAGCAAGAGAUUGUGGAAGUUGAAAGGAACAUUACUGAUGGAGUUGAAGGUGAAAGUGUGAAGAGGAAGGAUAAGAAGAAGAAAAAGAAGGAUGAGUGUGAGGAGGAUGGAGAAAAUGUUGGCAAAAAAGGAAAGAAAAAUAGCCAAUCGGAGGUGAGGUGUGAGCAGAGAGAACAGAUUGAGCGAAUCCCUGACAGUGGGGUUGGGGAGGAAAGGAAAAAGAAGAAACAGGAGAGGAUUGGGAGAAGUGAAGAUAGAGAGGAAAAAGAUAAAGUUAAUAAUAAUACUGAGCAAGAGAUUGUGAAAAUUGAAAGAGACAUGGAUGGAGUUGAAGGUGUCACGAGUAAGGAUAAGAAGAAGAAGAGAAAAAAGAAUGAGGGUGGAGAUGAUGGAGAAAAUGUUGGCAGCGAAAAAGGGAAGAAGAGGAAGAGUAGGGAGAUUGAUGGUGGAGAGAGAAGUGAUUCUGCAGAGCAGAGUGGAAAGAAGAGGAGGAAAAAGAGAAAAACUGAAGGGUUUGAUGAAUUAUGA